AUGAAGAAAAUUUCAACACGAAGACCACCAAUGUCCAACCCAGGCUUGUUGCAGCCAUUAUUACCUGGCAACUCUACGGAAAGCAUCAAGCUUACGGUACGAGAACCUUUGCCAGAAGAUACAAAAGGAGCCUUGCUCAUGAAUCAAGAAAAUUUGGCAAAUGAUCAACUCGCGACAGAAAGCAAGAACAACUCCACCACCAUCAGAGCUGAAGUGACAUCUCUUGGAGAAGCUGAAAUUGAUUCAUUGUUGAAGAGAAUUCCAGAGAUCAAACAUGAUCCAACUUCUUCGGAUGUCAAGGAUUUUUUCAUGAGAGAAAAAUCACUCAAAGCACCAAUCACUGCAGAAAUCAUUGCUCAAGAAUUUCCACCUCCUGUGAGUUUGGAAAAACCAGCUGAACUCAUUCAAGAAGAGAAGGAAUUGAUGGGAUCCGAAUUAAUGGUGAUUCGAUAUUUACCUGAAGGUGAAAUUUCUGAUGCUUCAGUUCCAUAUUUGAGUAUUACGUUUUCACAACCAAUGGUUUCAGUAUCAAGUGUUGAACAUGUCGAGUUGAAUGAAAACAUUCCUGUGAAUAUUGAACCAUUACCAAAGAAUGGAGGAAAAUUCAAAUGGUUGGGAACGAAAACACUCAUCUAUGAACCACUCUAUCGUUUUGACAUGUCUACGAAAUAUAAUGUGACUAUUAAGGCAGGAACUCAAUCAAAAAUUGGUGGAAUAUUGAAACAUGAUGUGAAAUUUUCUUUUGAGACACCAAAACUUUAUUUGAGAGAUUAUUUACCAAAACAUCAAGAUUCAUUUCCUCUCAAUGAAUUUCCAAUUUUCUAUUUGGAAUUUGAUCAAGAAAUUAACCCUGAGAAUGUUUUACCUUUUGUGAAUGUCGAUACCUCUCUCCCCAUGUUGAAACUUGUCUCGAAUGAUGGAAGAUCUGAAACACCUUCAGUGAAGGAAUAUAUCAUUGGACUCAUGAAAGAAUUGAAUCUCGAAAAGAAAGCUUCAAAUAUUUAUUAUUCUUACAAAUCAAAAUUAGAAAAUUCUCCAAAAGGAAGACAUUUAUGGUUCACUUUUUCAACAAGUUUGAAUCAUAGGAUUGAAAGUUUGAAUGUGACUGUUAAAGCAGGUGUGAAAGGACUCGAAGGACCAUUACCCACUGAAAAACCAUCCUCUUUCAUUGUAAAGAAUUAUCCUGCAUUUACAAUUACUCCAUCUUAUGAAGCAUCACUACUUCCCAUGCAACCAUUAACGAUCAGUUUUUCAAAUAAUAUUGAUCUUGAAAAAUUCGAUGAAAAUACAGUGAGAGUUGAACCUGAAAUUGAAAGAAUGGAAUUGAAUCCAAAUGGUAAUUAUCUCACCAUUAGUGGAAAAAUUAAGGGAAAAACAAACUAUAAGGUCACCUUUAAUGAGAAUACUUUCCAAGAUGUUUGGGGACAACAUCUUUCAGGUGACAAGUCCAAAACAUUCCACAUUGGAAAUGCCGCCCAAUCACUUCAAGCUUUGCAAAGUGGUGUCAUGGUUUUAGAUCCAACUGUGAAUACGAAACCAAGUUUCUCUGUGGUUACAAUGAAUUUACAAGCUAUUCAUUGUCGUGUUUUUCAAGUGGAACCCAAUGAAUACAAUUCAAAUGUAUUCAAUUAUAAUGCAUACAGUAACACGAAUUAUACAUUUCCUGGAAAACAAGUUCUGGAUGCAACCAUCAAUACAAAUGGUCAAGAAGAUGAACCAUGUGAUACAGAUAUUGAUUUAUCACUUUUACUUCAAUAUCCAAAAGAAAAUAUUGGACAGUUAUUUAUUGUUGUGGAACCAGAGAAAUCGAGUUGGAAAGGAGAAUGGAAUUAUAGACCUAUUCAUCAAGCAUGGAUACAAGUGACAAAACUUGCUGUUGAUGCCAUUUAUGAUAGUUCUGAUUGUACAUUGUAUUAUUGGGUCAAUUCAUUGAUGGAUGGAUCGAUCAUGAAAGAAAAUAUCAGUGUGAAAAGUGGUUCAAUUUCAAGCACACCUGAUAGAGAGAGUGGUAUUGGAGUCAUGAAGAGGAAUAGUAAUUUGAAUAGUAAUUGUUCAGUGAUUGCAUACCAUGGAAAUGACAAGUGUUUCAUUCCAGAUGUUUAUUUAAGUCGUCAUUAUCCACACACUGGAAUUAAUUAUCAAAUAUUCAAUGACAGAGGUUUAUAUAAACCUGGAGAAACAGUUUCAAUUAAGGGAAUUGUUAGAACCAUUUUGAGAGAUCCAGUCAAGAAGAAUUAUAGUGUUGGAAUACCAAAAGAUAGCAACACGACCUCUGAAUUCACAAUAUUCGAUUCUCGUUCCAGCAAGUAUCAUUCUGGAAGCAUCACUCUCACAUCCAAUGGAACGUUUGAUUUCACAUUCAAAAUUCCUGAUAAUGCAAAUUUAGGAAAUCAUACCAUCAAUUUCAGUCCAUUAUCCAUGUCUCAUUCAUUCCAAGUUCAAGAAUUUAGAACUCCUGAAUUCAAUUCAAGUUGCAGUGUUCAACCUGGAAAUUAUGUUGUGAAUGGUCCUGCUGCUUUGUGUACCACUCGUGCGCAAUACUACAGUGGUGGUGGAAUCUCUGGAGGCACAUGUUCAUAUAUCAUUAGACAAAUAAGACCAGUUAUAUUCCACCCAAUAGAAGUGGUUAUUCAUUUGGAAAGAGUACGGCUUCACCAUUUGGAAACUUCUUUGUAA